CCAUCCUAAAUUAUUAUUAAAUUGUAGAAGUCUGGGAGGCUUGCUCCUCAUACAGUUAUCAACUUGGGGCCACUUUAGCAUGUUUUAAAUCUGAAUUUCUUGCGUUUGCUUACCUCAGUGUCCGCAGAUCAUGCACAGACUUAUCCAUUAUAUCCACAGUUUUUUGCCAAGUCUCACACAGGUUUCUUUCAAGUCUACUGUUGGGCCAAUAAAUUAUAAAUAAAACAGCUCAGAUUUGUUUGUUUAAGUCGUUUGCCACUCCACUUUAUUCUCGUGGGUUCACAUACCGCUGCCGUUAUUUCCCCCUAAUCACGAGUUUGUUGGUCUUCCAAAAUAGCGCAGGGUCUGUUUACUUCCGGUUUCGGGUGACGUCAGUGAAAGGGAUCUAUUUGCCACGGGGAACGUCACACACUGCCACACCUCUUCUUCUCUCGGCACAUUGUCAUGGUUACAUAAACACACACACUUAAAUGAUAGGUGCAAACUGAUGUAAUGCAUUCCAAUCUUGAAGGGGGCGGGCAUGUUGAGGCGUGUCACAGGGAAACUCCAUGAUAAGAAAGCACUGGGAAACUCUGAGCCCCACACAGAGUGAAAGAGCGCAGUGCGCACAGCGGUUCGGUUCGGUUGUGUUCUGUGUUGCUGAUAGUGAGUUUGUGUUCCCCCCGACCUGCCUGAAGUGGGAUAUGAGAGUGAAAGCUCGGAGGAGUUCAGCACUGACUCUCUCUCUCCUUCUUCUCCUCCUUGUGCUGGAUGGUGUUUCCUCUUACACUGAGUUUGAGAUCUCGGUACCCACUCGUGUGCAGACGGCUGUGUACGGCGAGUCGGUGGUUCUGUCCUGCACGUUCCCGGUGAGCGGCUCGUGGGACGCAGGCAGCAAUGUGAUCACAUGGCAGCGAAACCUGGAGGUGGUCCACAGUUUCUUCAAUGGCCAAGACCAGCCUCAGUACCAGAACCAGAGAUACGCCAACCGCACCAGCCUGUUCCACCAGGAGCUGAAGAAGGGGAACGCAUCACUCAGGCUGGACCGUACCAUUCUGGAGGAUGCGGGGGAGUACACCUGCUCCAUCAGCACUCGGCUGGGCAGCCAGAGGAAGAGCUUCAGUCUCAAAGUAGCAGCGUUCUACCCCGAGCCUCUUCUGCACAUCUCGCUGCUGAAUGACGGCCAUGUGGAGGUGCUGGUGACCUCAGAGGGCGGGUACCCCUCCCCCUCGCUGCAGUGGCUGAUGGGAAACAUGAGCGACGUCACCAACGACACACACACGCAGCUGAGGCAGGACCAACACACACGUCUGUACAGCGUGAACAGUAAACUGAACCUGAGCGGCACCAUCAACUCCUCCAUCACCUUCAUCAUGAAGAACCUAGAUCUGGGCCAGGAGAUCAGGAGGAACAUCGACCUCUUCUCAGGAAAUGGAGGAUCUGACCAGAACAAACAGCGAGCAGUGAUCAUUGGAUUUUCCGUUAUUGUAGCAUCGUUACUCGCUGUGAUCGUUUCAGUGAUUAUUAUCCUUCGACACCGGAUGAUGAAAAAGGAGAACUCCCAAAAUCCUCCAGAAACUCCUACAGAGUCCUCAGCAGCUUCGAACCGUCCGACAGGAAGAGCGAACUGUUCAACAGAUGACGCUGGGAGUGUUUCAGAAACUCUGUUAAAGGAAGAUCUGAGGAGAGAUGGUUAGAUCAGAAUAAUAAAUGGAGUGAGUUUAUAUUAGAUAUUUAUUUAAUUCUGCUCUCCACGAGCUGGCCUUGAGCUAAAGUCAGUGCUGGAGUCACUCCACAGGCUGCUCACGUUAACUCCAGCUCCUUGAUGUCGAGAAAAUGACUCGUGGAGGUUUUUCCACCUGCGUGGAGUCACAGCCUCGAAACGACGUCUCCAUCCUGAUCACGACCUCCUGUCAAUCUCACUCCUGCUCCUGUACUUACACAACUGGGUUUGGGCAUUGAACACUUUGGGCAUUAAUAUUAUAAUGAGCAUUCUAUACGGGCAUAUUAACGGUCCGUCCCAUCCGGGCUGAAUUCUCUCGCCCCGUUCCCAGAGUUCCUGAGAUGAGCUCCAGAUGCACUGCAACUCUGACGAGGAUAAAAAGCUUCAUGAAGACGGAUGAUGAAGAGAAUCCUCGAGAUUCUAUAAAGAAAUGGACACAGUUUAACUUUAGAUUAUUUUCAUGGUUUUCUGUUCCUUAUUUCAUUGAUUUGUUAUUUAUUUAUUUUUUAAAUCGCACUGAUGACCUCACUGUGACCCAGGUCACUGUGUGAAACUGAGACUCCGCCCACUGUAAGUGGCCUCAGUUCUAGAAUUUACUCUCUGCUUUGUCACUUUGAGGGAAUUCUUCCUUCACGAGUUUAAAAUGUGAAAAUAAACUAAAGAGCUACAGAAUAAAUAUAGAAGGGAAACAGGAAGAGAGAUUUGGGUGAAUGCCUGACAGCCACAUGUUCAUGCAGAUGUUCAGGUGGUUGAAUAGGGUGCAGUGUUUUAUAUCUAUAUUCCUUGCAUUCUCUGUCUGCCUCUCAUUAUUCUGACCUCUGCUUACUCUCUACGUUCACGUUAUCUGUUCACUGCACUCGGUUCACUGCACUCGGGUUUUUCCUGAGCUCCUGACUCUGGAUAAAUGUCAGUGUUCUGUAAUUCCUGUACUGUUUAUUGAAUGUUAAAUUCAGUCUUAAACACUGGCAGCUACAAUCAUCAUGACUCGGACUCUCAUCAUAUGACUGCGGGGAAAGUCAACACUUCUAGUCGUCGAUAACGAGCUGUUUGCUUCAACUUUUUAUUUAAUUUGUUAAAUCACCCUUGCUGGACGAGAGGCCUGAAUAAAUGCACUUUAUUUAUAUAAGCUGGGUUUUUUUUUAUUUUUCAAAUAAAAAGCAAUUCAAUUUUUUUAUUGCUUUCGUUAAUGUGGUCAAUAGUAACAGUCUGACUCUGACCAAUCAGAAUCGAGUAUUCAAGAAAACCGUAUAAUAAUGUUAAUUUAUAGGAAGUUUCAUUGCUGAACAUUUUAAAUAAUGCAUUUUAAUAAAUGUGUAACUGAUUUUUACUCUGAACUUAUUGUGAAUGUUGUGUUUUAACACUGUGGUGUGACUUUAUUCAGUUCGUGUGUUCAAACACGUAAUCUCUGGAAGAUUCAAACCUUUUGUGUGUCACAGUGAACAUUUACUGAAAUGUGGAAUAUCAGUGACUUUACUGACGGUCAGUGACUCGCUGUGUAAUUUUCCUGUUUAUGGAUUAUAUUAAUGUAAUUAUAUUUAUAAUCUGAAUAUUCUCUACAGAAUAAAAGCUAUACAUUUACAGUU